UUCUGGGGUCCCAGGACUGAGUGGAGAGGAGACAGUGCUGGAGGCUGUAGGAGGAAGUCUUGGAGACCAUGGACACUCAGCCACUGUGAUUAUCGAGAUGAGCAGCAGCUGCUCAGGGCUGAGCAGGGUCCUGGUGGCCGUGGCUACAGCCCUGGUGUCUUCCUCCUCCCCCUGCCCCCAAGCCUGGGGUCCUCCAGGGGUCCAGUAUGGGCAGCUGGGCAGGUCCGUGAUGCUGUGUUGUCCUGGAGUGAAUGCAGGGACGCCAGUGUCCUGGUUUCGGGAUGGGCAGUUAAGGCUGCUUCAGGGACCUGACUCUGGACUAGGACACAGACUGUUCUUGGCUCACGUGGACAGCACUGACGAGGGCACUUACGUCUGCCAGACCGUGGAUGGUGCACUUGGGGGCAUGGUGACCCUGAAGCUGGGCUUUCCCCCAGCUCGUCCCGAGGUUUCCUGCCAAGCAGUAGACUAUGAAAACUUCUCCUGUACCUGGAGUCCCAGCCAGGUCAGCGGUUUGCCCACCCGCUACCUUACUUCCUACAGGAAGAAGAUCCUACCAGGAACUGAGAGUGAGAGGGAAAGUUCAUCCACAGGGCCUUGGCCAUGCCCACAAGACCCUCUAGAGGCUUUCCGAUGUGUGGUCCAUGGGGCAGAGUUCUGGAGUGAGUACCGGAUCAAUGUGACUGAGGUGAACCCACUGGGUGCCAGUUCAUGCCUACUGGACGUGAGAUUACAGAGCAUCUUACGUCCCGAUCCACCCCAGGGACUGCGGGUGGAAUCAGUACCUGGUUACCCAAGACGCCUGCAUGCAAGCUGGACAUACCCUGCUUCCUGGCGCCGCCAACCCUACUUCCUGCUCAGGUUCCGGCUACAGUAUCGUCCAGCGCAGCAUCCAGCAUGGUCCACGGUCGAGCCAAUUGGCUUGGAGGAGGUGAUAACGGAUGCCGUGGCUGGGCUGCCCCAUGCGGUACGAGUCAGUGCCAGGGACUUUCUGGAUGCUGGCACCUGGAGUGCCUGGAGCCCAGAGGCCUGGGGUACUCCUAGCACUGGUCCCCUGCAGAAUGAGAUGUCUGAUGGGAACAAACAGUUGCAAGAGGCAAUAGGUCAGGAGGACGGUCCCACCCCUCCAAGGCCAUCCUUGCAGCCAGACCCAAGACCGUUUGAUCACAGAGACCCCUUGGAGCAAGUGGCUGUGUUAGCAUCUUUGGGAAUCUUCUCUUUCCUUGGCCUGGCUGUUGGAGCCCUGGCACUGGGGCUCUGGCUGAGGCUGAGACAGGGCGGGAAGGAUGGACCUCAAAAACCUGGGUUCUUGGCACCAAUGAUUCCAGUGGACAGGAUUCCAGGCAUUCCAAACCUGCAGAGGACCCAGGAGAACUUCAGCUGAUCGUCCGGCUGGGGUGGUUAAAUGGAUGGGCAGAAAAGGAGGCAGAGCAGUGUGGACCCCGAUGGAUGGAGAUCUCAGCUGGAAGUCUGAAGCCCUUUUCUUUGAGACCCUAUACUCCAAGCUUGCUGCCAGCUGAAUGCUGCCUGGACUUCUGAUGUCAUCCUUGAGGUGGAAGUUCACCCGAAGAGCGUGUAGAGAUGUGCAUGUCUGUGUCCACCUGUGACUGUGCAUACGUGAGAUAAGGAACAGACAUUCUCUGUAUGUGUGUAUAUAGAUGCUCGGAGAGUGUGUGCAGACCUUGGCCUUGGCCCUGGUGGAGACUGUGAAGAGUUGAAAUAAAGAGAAUGAAGGAGUUUUUGGA